CGUCAUAGACAAAUUAACAUAAAAUGUUAAGUGCGACGGGAGGGGUGGGGUGUGUGUACUGCUUAACAUAAUUUAUGCGCCAGAGCUCUGCGUGUUUCGCAGUCCGCGCGCUCCUACUGUGGGCAAACGCAAAUGAUUGUUGCCGUUAUAAAUGAACGCGCUACUUUUACAUUCGUUAUAAAAUCGCCGCCUCCAACGUUUAUUUGAAGAUGUUCCGAGCGCUGCCCCUAGGCAGGGUCGACGCUGAGCUCGGCAGGGUGAGGGGCCAGAGGAGGGUGAAGCUGCAGCCGCUCAAGAGGCGGAUGGCUCCUCCAGACGGAGCCCCCCCUUGCAAGAGGGUCGCGAGGUGGAGGGAUGGGCACGGGCAGGGGUCGCCCGUGGAGGUCGUAGAGGUCAACACAGAGGUCACGAAGGUCAGGGGAUCUGACCCCAAGGCCCAGUUGGACGACAUGAGGAGAUUCGAGCAGUUGGAGCGGAGUCUCCAGAUAGAUGAUGAUGAUGGCGGAGGUGGCGGUGAUGGCGGCGAUGGCGGUGAUGGCGGUGGCGGUGAUGGGGCAGUCGUCCAUCUCUCCUCCGUCUUUUCUGAGCACUUCCCAGCAUGCACCAGCGACGAGAUCAUCCCACGUCAGCUAACCAGAGGUUGCAUGGAACUUGUACUGUGGCAACCCAGAUCUCCCGUGAUGCCUCCCGUCGCCCCGUCGCCGCCGACGCCGGCAUCGGCAUCGGCAUCGGCACAAAGGACGUCGCUAAAAAGGAACUCGAGGCACCUCUUGCCAUCGCCAUCGUUGCCGUCGGCGUCGGCGGUGCCGCUCACGCUCGACCACAUGGACGCUGAUGAUGGUGGCGAUUGUGUUGGCUGCUUGGGUGACGUUGAUGUCGCUGACGUCGCCGACGGCGACGACGCCGACGAGGUUGUCGCGAUGGAGUUAUAGAUCGUGGGCCGUCGGUGUCGUCGGAUGAUGAAGAGGGCCACAGGCUCGGCACGCGGAGACCCACAGACUCACUCACACAGAGACCCACAGACUCACUCACACAGAGACCCACAGACUCACUCAC